AUGGGGGACUCUGUGGAUGAAGAUAUUUGCACAGGAGAAGAGAAGUUGGAGAGCCUCCCUCUCCCUUUUUUUGAAAUGAGUAUGACUGGGCACAGCUACAGCAUCUAUAAUGCAGUCUAUGUAGUGGCCCAUGCUUUACAAGCCAUGUUCUCAUCCAGAAGGACAUAUGACACAGUGUUAGUCAGAGGAAGACCUGAACUUCAGAAUCAACCGUUUUGGCAGGUAAUUUUCCACACAUUCUCAUGUGGUAGCACACCAUAUUUUGAGGGUAACCAGUGAAACUAAUGUGUCCAUAAACUCUACCUAUGCUCACAUUUUCAGCUUUCUUUCUCUGCCCACUGCAUAGAAAUUAAAUAACAGUAUACGCUUUGGUCAGCCUUCCUUUUAUGUGUCCUUUUGGUAUAUGAACUUUCUGUACCUACAGUGUAUAAUGGGUGCUAGUGUUUUUUGUGUGUGUGAUUUCAUUCCUUCAAAACAGAGUAACAUUAUUAUUAUGCUGCUGCUUCAGAAUACAUACAUCUAGCUCAGUUGGUCUCAGCACAAAUCACAGGGUUGUGGGUUCGAGCCCCACAUUGGGUAGAAAGAUUGCUGCAUUGCUGGGAACUUUACUAUAUGACACUUGUGUUCCCUUCCAACUCUACAAUUCUAUGAUUCUAUGUAGUCAAGAAUGGCAUGUUGCACAUGUAGCAGCAAAGCUCCACGUCUUCAUCUGCCGCAGCUUCAACAAAACCUAUCUCUUCCAUAUUGGUUUCAGCAGCCCCAGCGGGAGCUGAACCUCCCAACAGUUUGACCUCACCCCCAAAGGCACUGUCCUAUAUUGUUUCAGUACAGACAGAUGCCAACCAUGUAGUCAUAAAAACACAGCUCUCCUUUAAAAAACAUUUCUAAGGUGUCAUCUUUUUAAGUGCAACACUUUACAUGCUACUAUAUAAAUGUUUGUUUGUUUGCUUGCUUGCUUGCUUGCUUGCUUAUUUGUUUAUUAUUUUCCUUUUAUCAAGCUCCAUCAUUUUCUCCAAAGUGUUUCAUUUAAUAACAGUGCUGGGGACAAGAUUUCUUUUGAUGAAAGUGGAAAAUUGAUAGCUGCAUUUGAUGUUAUAAACUUGAUUGUUUUGUCCAACCAAUCCUUCCAUAAAGUAAAAGUUGGUAGGCUUGAUCCUCAGACUCUUCCAAGCCAAGUGUUGACCAUCAACGACAAGGUCAUAAGGUGGAACAGCUUGUUUAACCAGGUAAGUACUAAUUGUCAGUACAUUGCAAACUAUUUCUGACUUGCAAUGUUAAUUCCUUUUUUAAAUGAUUAUGAAAUAAAAACAAAGUAAAAAUAAAAACAAAUAUAUGCAAAUAAAUAAAAUAAAACAUUAAUUGUAUGCAAACAAGCAUAAACACAUUUACGUUUUAAAGUUUUUUGAAGGCAGAAGCUUUUAUUCAUCCAGUCAAAGGUAACUAUUGUUGUUAAACAAGACCCUUGAAAGUGUUCUUUUCACUAGCAUAAUGAAACCAUUUCAUUCUAAGAAUCCUUACUUUACAUGGGGGACCAUAAAUGUCAGGAGUCCAGGCUCCCAGCCUGAUAACAUAGUAAGCAUAGGUAAUUAAAAAGGGGGAUUUAUUGCAAAAAACAAACAGAUAGCUCCGGACGGCUCUAACACAGCAGCCAACAUUAUCACUCAAGAUGACCCUUCUGAAGACUUCUUCCGGUUCUUACAGACUAUAUUGAUCCGUCGUCCCUUACUUCUCUUGUUUUGCUUCCUAUCUAGCAACCCUCCCAUUCACCGACACUUCAGACUUAUUGGAUUAGCUCCAGCCUCUUCCUGUUCUGACAGAUUGUCUAUGUGUCUGUUCACUCCUGUUUGAACUUCCUGAGAGCUUUGGCUGUGUUCUAGCCCGCUACUCAGUUGUUCCCUCGGCAACCGGUAUUCCAAUGUCCAGAGGACUUACCACUGAUUGCUGUGUUCUUUGCUCAGCCUGCAUCAAAUCUACGCCUCUCUGUUCUGCAGCAGGCUGUAAAGUUCCACUAGGAACCGACUCAUUCCUAACAGUAAACCUCUGCUUUGCCUUGUUUGCUAUUGAAUUUUGAUAAAUUGCAAGAUGUAGGUAAUUUCUCCAAUUGGUAGUCUUCAUUUAAGAGUCAAGUAACAAUUAUUUUGUAUCCCCACAUGCAAUACCUUUUGGAAAACUGCUUUGAGGUAUUUUACAAUCCAGUAGCGUAUAAAUUUUAGGAAAUAAAUAUAUAUACUCCAGCUAUUUAUAAUUUCUCAUAACAUAAUGGCUUUCUUAUUCUGUAAAAAACAAGUCCCCAAAUCUUAAAGAUCCAAAGCUCAAUAUUCUUGUCCUUUUUCAUUUCUGGAUUAGGCACAACCUUUAUCCGUAUGCACUGAGAGUUGUUAUCCUGGUCAUAGCAAGAAAGUGAAGGAGGGGGAGCCAUUUUGCUGCUAUGAUUGCAUUCCAUGUCCAGAAAGGAAGAUUUCAACUCGGAAGGGUAAGACAUAUAAUUAUGCCUUCUCCUUCAUACACCUUCAACACAAGAAUCUUCUCCCAAUUUCAAACCUCAGUUCCAUGCAGCUGAUUGCUCACAGUUAUGAUGUCCACCUCCUCUGGUGUGCACCUAUUCUUAAUACAAAUUAAAACCCAAUUAUUAGAAGAACCUCCACAUCCAAAGGCAAUUUUGGGGGUUUCGCAUCAUGUGAAGUGCGUAGCACCCAGUGCCCCCUGCCUGUCCCCUGUGGUGAGCCAUUGAGGCGCUGUCAGAUUGCCAGUACCUCCCAUACCCUGAGAGUUUUAUAGGGGAUGGUUUAACUCCUUCCAUCACAUUUUUUCAGCCUGUUCUUCUCUCCAAUGUUGAGAGAGCCAUUGCCAUGGCAUGCUAUAGGAACCAGAAGCCAGAAACAAAAAGGUUUUAAAGGUAAUGGCCACUCACCAGAAUUCUGGAUGGGCAGGGGUUGUGGCCCAGCAAAUUCCCUCCACGUUUGAAAACCAUUUUCUUGUGUCUGACCAUUGGAACCCUCAACAGCCGGCCAUCAGAGCUUGCAGGAUUGCCCAACAAAAUUGAAUAUGAACUGGGCAAAAAUGCUUUUUCACAGGGGCAGGGGUGGAGCAGCAGACUGUAGUGAAGACUGUAGUCCACCUCUAGAGUAUUUAAGCUGAUUGUAUUCAGCAGUUUGGUCGGCAAAGCAGCAACCUUCCCUCCCACAACAUAUAUACAGUAUCUUAGUUCUUUGGUUCUUAGACCUUGCUGUGGUGCAAAAUGAUCAUCAUAUUCUUGGCCGGGAGGAAAUUUGCCCUCAAACAAAUUGGGCCUGUUGUGGCAUUUUUUGACUUUCUCAUAGCAAUUGUCUCAACUAGCUAAGCCUAGUAGGACCUGGCUAAGGCAGCUUACUCUAUAGUAUUAACCCCAUUCAUGUGUUAAUUCAACUUAAGCAAGUUGGUUACAGAAGACUGGUUAUCCCACAGUCCCAUCAUUACAUAUCCCACAGUCCCAUCAUUAGGUACCAGGUGAAAAUAUUCCUCCUCAAUCAGGCUUUUCUCUGAUUAAACAAUCUAUGGCCCUUUGAAUGAAUUAUGUUAUAUAUAUUGUGUUUUAAAGUAUCCCACCCUGUGAUCUUUGGGUGAAAGGCGGUAUGUAAAUUUAAUAACAAUAAAUUACCUUUGCUUUUCAGAUAUGCAUGACUGUUAUGACUGCAUGGACACAACCUAUCCAAACAUCAAGCAUGAUUUUUGCAUACCCAAAGCUAGAACAUUCUUAUCUUAUAAAGAACCUCUAGGGAUCAGCUUAAGCCUCUUUGCACUUUCCUUUGCAUUGAUAACAGCUCUGGUGCUGGGAAUAAUUCUGAAGCACCACAACACUCCCAUCGUCAAAGCCAACAACCGGAACCUCACAUACAUUCUCCUGAUUUCCCUUCUGCUUUGCUUCAUUUCUGCAUUGCUUUUCAUUGGCCAUCCUGAACCGGUGACAUGUCUUCUCCGACAAACUGCAUUCAGCAUCAUCUUCUCAGUGGCUGUUUCUUCUGUGCUGGCAAAAACUAUCAUGGUGGUUCUGGCAUUUAUGGCCACAAAUCCAGGAAGCAGGAUGAGGAAAUGGGUGGGGAAAAGCCUGGCCAACUCCAUUGUUGCAUCCUGUUCCCUCAUACAAGCAGGCAUUUGCAGUGUGUGGCUGGCAACCUCUGCCCCAUUUCCAGAUGUGGACAUGCACUCAGUGACUACAGAAAUUAUAUUAGAAUGUAAUGAGGGAUCUGUCAUUUUGUUUUCUUGUGUCUUGGGCUAUCUUGGCUUCUUGGCUAUUGUCAGUUUUGUUGUGGCUUUCUUUGCUAGGAGGUUACCGGACAGUUUCAAUGAAGCCAAGUUCAUCACUUUCAGCAUGUUAGUCUUCUGCAGUGUGUGGCUAUCCUUCAUUCCAGCUUAUCUGAGCUCAAAGGGCAAAUACAUGGUAGCUGUGGAGGUUUUUUCUAUUUUAGCUUCCAGUUCUGGGCUGCUGGGUUGCAUCUUUGCACCCAAAUGUUAUAUCAUUUUGUUGAGGCCUGAGCUAAACAACAGGGGACAGCUAGUAAGAAGAUAAGACUGAGUAGCAUUCUUUUUUUACAGUCUGUUAUCUGGAUGCAUUUGUGCAUGAAUGCACACACCUUUCUGAUAUGUUUCCUUUUCUGGAGCUGUGCAAUAUACAUUUUGCUCAAAAUUCUCCAAGCACUUACUAGUUUGAAAUACAUGUGAAACUCAGAACCAACUUUUUUCCCCAAACAGAAAUGUUAUGUAUUUACAGAAGGCAUUUUUAAGUGAGAAACAUUCAAUAAAAAUAUAAAAUGCUCUCUAUACAGAUGCUAACUUUCUGAAAUUCAGUAUGUUAUGAAUAGCUAAUGCUAUUCUAGGUUGUGUGAAUAGAAUUGUGGUGUCCUGAUCAAGGGUAAUAACAGUACCACCCUAUUCUGCCUUGGCCAGUCUCCAUCCUGUGUACUGUGUUCAGUUCUAGGCAUGACAAUUUAAGAAGAAUAUUGACCAGCUGGAAGGAGUGCAGAAGACGGUGACCAAGGAAUGCUUCACAUGUACUGAAACUGAAAUCUACUUAAGUAGAUAACAACUAGUUCAAUAAGAUUGCCUUUAUUGAUCUUUUUUACAAGCUGUUGUUGUGUGUGUAAUUGUAGCCUUCUGUUUCCCUCCCAUUUCUGUAAUGUUUUCUUAAUAAAAGAUGCCAAUUUUUACCUGUCAACUUCUAUAGUCCUGACUUCUCUGUGUGCCAAUAAAGGUUGAUUAGUUGAUUGAACAAAAGUCUUUAUACAUCGAUGUUUGGUUUCCUUAGUUUUGAAAGGCAAUUCAACUGAAUUUCUCACUACUAUAAUUCCGGUUCUAUCAUCAUAUAGAAAAAGUGAUGGAGUUUUAUAAGAAAAGGGUUUGGGGUUUGAGGAUAGUAUAUUCAGAACUUCUCUCAUGGUUUAUAUUGCCCACCUCAACUAUAUUAGCCUAGGGGUGAGGAGUCCUGAAAAUGGGGUUAAAAUAUAAUUCAUACAGCUGGACAGAUUUAUGUGAGUUCAAGGAUCAUCCUGAUUGAUAGCAACCUAUCAAUACUCUUGGGAGUGUGAAUCCUUAUACUAAUAAAUAUUAAAGAACAUCCCAGGCAUUUAAAACCUUAAGUGUACACUCCUAGUCAGUAAAGUGGAAACGAAAACUUCUAUUCAGAUGUGAUAAACAUGUUUUGUUUUGUUUUUGCAAUUCCACAGGGAAUUCCGACAUUUGAGUUCAUAUCAUACUCCCAUUCAUUUAUAUAGGCUAUAAUUAAAUUCUAAAAUCUACUGUACAAUUACCAUUUCCCCUUAGAGAACUAAUCUGAGGAUGGCACAAAGAUGCCCUCUAGCAAUCACAGGUAUGAUGAGGGACUAGGAACAAGCAUGCACACCCCACUCUUAUCACUUUACUUAUACUUCAUAACUUGGAUGUUAUGAUUUAGGCAUAUCAUUAGAUUGGCUGAGCAUUCAAUCUGGUCACGAUAAUGACAGAGUACAUCCUGAUAAUGAUGCAGGUGGAAUCAUGAGUUAGAGUGAAGCGUGGCGAUCAAUAUGAUGGUAUUAGUUGUCUUCCUGCUAAUACUGUCUUCUCAUAUUGCAUGUGAAGACCACCUUGUUAAAUGCAGGAUCCAUGCUCCACACCCCCCACUUCAAAAAUACUGUCAGUCAGGCAGCAUCAUAAUUGGUGGGAUUGUUUCUCACAGUUUCAUUGUUGCUAAUUCAAUAGCCUUCACAACCAAACCUCCAGCAGCAUCAUUUGAAGAUCUUUGGUAAGGAACUAACCGUUUCUAACUUUGCAUUUGUUAAUUCGUCUCAGUCUUAGGAGCUUAUCAAAAAUAUUUUCUUGUUGAACUGUAGAAAAGGUAAUACAUUUAAGGGAAUGCUGAAGAGAGAAAGAAAUUCCACAGGACAAAGGAAAAUUUGUUGUCAUCCCUGAGAGUGCUCAGAGCUUCCACCAGGAAGGAAUUGAGCUUUUUCCAGAUCCACUUAGCUGUAUUCAUAUUGCCCCCCUGUAGGCUCAAUAACACAUUCCCCCACCAUUGUACCACCACUGGUCCAAAUACACCUCCUCAACUAUGACUACUCUUGUUACUACUACUGUUAAAAAUUGAUGAUAUGAGAUUCUGUCAUGCAUUUCCUUUGUCACAUUUUUUUGAAUGUAAGGUAAAAUUCAGAGUAGAAAGAAUUUUAGCUCUUCUUUUAUUUACAAUCUCCUGCAUCUCACCCAUCUCCACCUCCUGUUUCCUUUCUUUCAUCAUAUGCAUACUGUCUCCUCUUAUACUUCUGUUGUGCUUUCCCUUCCUUCUGAUUUUUUUGUUACUUGGCUUCAAACAGAGCAGUGUAUUUGUGUUGUUGUUGUUUCCAUUUUAUUUACUUUCAUGAAUCUUUCCAUUUAUCAGAGUUACCAUAACUAUCUUAAUACACGCCUUUUGCACUGUAUUAAAAUGGACUGAAUUUUUCUUUCUUUUUUCUUUGCAGGAGUGUGUUUCUUUGAAAGAAAAUUCAUAUCACAUUCAGUGGCUAUCAUUAUGAAUGUGCACAGUAUAGGGUUAGAACAUCAAUAGAUUUAUCAAUGUGAGUGUAUUUUCCAUUGUGUCAGUCAUAGUAAUAUACCUAUCAAUACCAAUUUUUUGAUUGUUUUACUUUUCCCACUACAAAAGGCAUAGAAAUAAAGACUGAUGAAGCUGAUGUAAAACAAAAUUGCAGCAAUUUAUUACGGGGAAAAUAUUGCCUGACUGUAGUUGCAACUCUUGUUCUAGUGUGGUGCCCAAAAAUUACCAGCACAUCCUGGCCUUGGCAUUUGCAGCACUGGAGAUAAAUGAAAACCCUCAGCUAUUACCAAAUAUCACCUUGGGCGUCUGCAUCUAUGACAGCUAUUUCAAUGCUCAGAGGACUUAUCAUGCUACUAUGAUACUUACCUCCACAUUGGAGAUAUUUGUCCCUAACUAUUUAUGCGGCACCCGAAAUCAGUUGAUAGCAGUCAUUGGGGGGCUAGAUUUAGAUAUCUCUCUUCAUAUGGCAACUGUACUGGAUAUCUACAAAAUUCCACAGGUAAGGGAUAUGAUUUGAUUUGAUUUCUAUCCCAACACUUCUCCAAACGGAGCCGAAGGUGGCAAACAUAAAAAUGUAAAAACAAUAUGUUAAAAUAAAAUUGUUAAAACAUUUUUAAACCAUCUAGAAACAUGCUCCCCUACCCACCUUGGGGAACAUGCAUAUAUGCAUAUCAUUUUGUACAUUUCCCAUCCAAUAUAUGUAUGUGAUCUCUAAAAGGUCUUGGAGAAUCUGUAUAUCAUGAAAGAGUUUUGUCCUUGGCUAAUCUCCAGCAAACACUAAAUAAUUCACAUCGUCAUCUUCCUCCCAAGUUUGAGCCCUAUGCAUUCUGUCCUUGCCCUCAAAGAAUACUAAGAUCUUGUUUGAUGAAAGGAGAGCUGAGAGAAAAUGCCUUCAAUGGCUCUCCAACAGGUACAUGGUGUUAGGCUGUUUUGGUAGUUUGAGGCUGUCUACAGGCUGUGUCAUAACUGUCCCAACAGGCUAUAAUACCUGUGAUUACUGUUUUUAGGGACUGUUUCCUCUUUCCAACUGUCACACAAAUGUAGAUGCUGGCCAGGGAGACAAAUUGCUGGGGAGCAAAAAUUAUUGACUUCUCAGGUCAGACAUGGUGAUUGUACACAGGGACCAGGGAACUGCCUCUUACAGGAACAGUGGUGGUAAGAAAGACCAACUUAAGAAUUGUUGAACAUUAUUUGGACUUCAGUUAUAGAAGGGCAAAGAAAAUAGGAGCAAAGCCCACAAAGGAAAGGGGAAGUUGAUACUGAAAUGCAUCUAUGUAGGGAGGGUGUUGUAUAAUUUUGUUAUUGUUGUUUAGUCAUUUAGUCGUGUCUGACUCUUUGUGACCCAUGGACCAGAGCACGCCAGUCACUUCUGUCUUCCACUGCCUCCCGCAGUUUGGUCAAACUCAAGCUGGUAGCUUCGAGAACACUGUCCAACCAUCUUGUCCUCUGUCGUCCCCUUCUCUUUGUGCCCUCAGUCUUUCCCAAAAUCAGGAUCUUUUCCAGGGAGUCUUCUCUUCUCAUGAGGUGGCCAAAGUGUUGGAGCCUCAGCUUCAGGAUCUGUCCUUCCAGCGAGCACUCAAGGCUGAUUUCCUUAAGAAUGGAUAUGAUUGAUCUUCUUGCAGUCCUUGGGACUCUCAAGAGUCUCCUCCAGCACCAUAAUUCAAAAGCAUCAAUUCUUCAGCUAUCAACCUUUUUUAUGGUCCAGCUCGCACUUCCAUACCUCACUACUGGGAAAACCAUAGCUUUAACUCUACUGACCUUUGUCGGCAGGGUGCCAAAGAGAAAUCUCAAAGAAAAAUUUAAUUUGGGUAAGGCUCUGUGUCCUUAGAACAUGGCAGAAGCUAAGCAACAAAAAUGCUAAACGCAUCAGGGGUGUGUGCAUAAUUUAGGAGCUACCAGAGAGAAAUCCCUCUCCCAGGUCAUCAUUCUCAGGACUCUGGAGUUGGGAGGAACUAUGAAAACAUAAUAAUAAUUAUAAUAAUAAUUUUCACUCACAUCUCCCUUUCCAUCUUCAGCUAACAUUCAGUCCUGCACCAGUGAUGAAUGAUAAAACCCCAGGCCUUUCCUUCUACCAGAUGGUCCCCCAAGAAGCCCUUCAGUAUGAGGGCAUUCUCUCUCUGCUUCUGCAUUUCGGGUGGACGUGGAUUGGGGUCAUUGUUAUGGAUAAUGAUAAUGGAGAAAGAUUUGUGCAAACUGUGCUUCCAGUCUUUUCCCAGAAGGGUGUUUGUUUUGCCUUCAUAGAGAGAAUCCCCACCCUUUCUUUUGUCACUGAAUUUAUGGACAUCAUAGAAGAUGGGGUCAAAAUAAAUGAUAAUAUGAUGGGCAGCAACGCAAAUGUAGUAGUGAUCUAUGGAGAAUCUUAUUCCAUGUCAUUUUUUAGAUGGCUUCCGGUUUUAUCUGUUGAAAAUAAAUUAGCGGGGAAAGUUUGGAUAGCAACAGCCCAGGUGGAGAUCAGUGCAUUUCACUAUCAAAGGCAUUGGGAUGUAGAACUAUUCCAUGGUGCUAUAGCCUUCAGAUAUCAGUUUAGUUAUUUACAGAGAUUUCACAAAUUUCUUGAGGAGAGAAAUCCUUUAAAUACAAUAAAAGAUGAUUUCAUAAAGAAAUUCUGGGAGACCGUAUUCAGCUGUAUAUUCUUAAAUGUCACUGGCAACUAUGUGGAUGGAGAUAUUUGCACAGGAGAAGAGAAGUUGGAGAGCCUCCCUCUCCCUUUUUUUGAAAUGAGUAUGACUGGGCACAGCUACAGCAUCUAUAAUGCAGUCUAUGUAGUGGCCCAUGCUUUACAAGCCAUGUUCUCAUACAGAAGGACAUAUGGCACAGUAUUAGUCAGAGGAAGACCUGAACUUCAGAAUCAACCGUUUUGGCAGGUAAUUUUCCACACAUUCUCAUGUGGUAGCACACCAUAUUUUGAGAGUAACCAGUGAAACUAAUGUGUCCAUAAACUCUACCUAUGCUCACAUUUUCAGCUUCCUUUCUCUGCCCACUGCAUAGAAAUGAAAGGAUAGUCUAUGCUUUAGUCAGCCUUCCUUUUUUGUGUCUAUUUGGUAUAUGAACCUACUGAAACUACACUGUAUAAUGGGUGCUAGCGAUGUUUUUAGUGGUGACCAAUUCCUCAGACAAAUUUCAUUCCUUGCAAAAAGAGUACCAUUGUUAUUAUGUCGCUGUCUCCAGAAUAUAUACAUCUAUCUCAGUGGGUAGGGUAUGAGACUCUUAAUCUCAAGUUGUGCGUUGCAGGAAACUAGAUUAUACAACACUUGUGUUCCCUUCAAACUCUACAAUUCUAUGAAGUCAAGAACGACAUGGUGCAUCUGCAGCAGCACAGCUGGAUGUCUCCAUCUGCCCCAGCUGCAAAAAACAUGACUCUUCCAUAUCAGUCUCUACAGCCACAGCGGAUGCUGGAAGCUCCCAACAGUUUGACCUCACCCACAAAGGCAACAUAUAGUCAGAAAAAUGCAGCUCUUCUUUAAAAUACAGUCAUAUCUAGGGUUGAAGUAGCUUCGGGUUGAGUGUUUUCGGGUUGUGCUCCGCAGUGACCAGGCAGUAACGAAAUGUGUUAGGUCUAGGUUUUGCCACUCGCACAUGCGCAGACGCUCAAAAUAACGUCACGCACAUGCGCGGAAGCGGUUAAUCACAACCCGCACAUGCACAGGCGCGCAGGCGCAGUUUGCGGUCGCUUCAGGAUGUGAACAGGGCUCCGGAACGGAUCCCGUUCGCAUCCAGAGGUACGACUGUAUAUUUCUAAGGUGUCCUUUUUUAGGUUCAACAUUUUAUACACUACUAUAUUAAUGCAACUAUUUAUUUCUUUAUUAUUUUCUUUUUUCUAGCUCCAUCACUUUCUCCGAAGUGUUUCGUUUAAUAACAGUGAUGGGGACAAGAUUUCUUUUGAUGAAAGUAGAAAAAUGAUAGCUGCAUUUGAUGUUAUAAACUUGAUCGUUUCCUCCAACCAAUCCUUUCAUAAAGUGAAGGUUGGUAGGCUUGAUCCUCAGGCUCCUCCAGACAAAGUGUUAACCAUCAAUGACAAGGUCAUAAGGUGGAACAGCUUGUUUAACCAGGUAAGAACUGUCAGUUAUUUGAUACUUCGGUAAGCUCUAGGUCGCUAUUCUGACAUGCAAUGUUAAUUUCUUUAUAAUAUGAUUACUAAAUAAAAAUGAAGUAGAAUUAAAAUUAUAUAUAUAUAUAUGCAGAUAAAUAAAAUAAACAAUUAAUUGUAUACAAACUAGCAUAAACACAUUUAUGUUUUACAGUUAUUUGAAGGCGGAAGCUUUUCUUUAUCCAGUCAAUGGUUACUAUCUUUGUUAAGCAAGACCCUUGAAAGUUGUUCUUUACACUAGCAUAAUGAAACCAUUGCACUGUAAAAAUCCUUAUUUUACAUAUGGGACCAUAAAACUCUGCUUUGCCUUAUUCGCUAUUGAAUUUUGAUAAAUUGCAAGAUGUAGGUAAUUUCUCUCAAUUGUACUCUUCCUUUCAGAGUCAAGUAACAAUUAUAUUGCACCCACACAUGCAAUAACCUUUUGUAAACAGCUUUGAGGUAUUUUACAAUCCAGUAGUUUAUAAAUUUUAUAAAAUAAAUAUAUAUGCUCCAGCUAUUUAUAAUUUCUCAUAAUAUAAUGGCUUCCUUAUUGUCUAAGAAACAAGUCCCACAAAUCUUAAGGCUCCCAAGCUCAUUUUUUAUUUUUUAUUGGUCCUUUUUAAUUCUGGCUUAGGCACAACCUUUAUCCGUAUGCACUGAGAGUUGUUAUCCUGGUUACAGCAAGAAAGUGAAGGAGGGGGAGCCAUUUUGCUGCUAUGAGUGCAUUCCAUGUCCAGAAAGGAAGAUUUCAACUCAGAAGGGUAAGACAUAUACUUCAGAGGUUUGCCAUAUCAGAUUAGCAGAAGUAUCGCACUAAGGGGCAGUCAUCUGAAAACAGGAAUACGUCUGAUAAGUUAUUCUUCAGUGUUUGAAAUGAAACGUUUUGCCAUUCCCAACCCCCCAAUAUAAACCCAAUUAAACAAAUUAAUUUCAAAAGUAAUACAAUUUUGUUAAGAGCCUUCCCACACACCAUUCAUGGUAGAUCAUUAUGAUCUAAUAUUACAGUGUUUCAUAUUCUUAUUUAUUUCUAUUACAUUCCAUUUUUCAAAAUUAUCACAUAAUUAACAGCUGCAUUCUUAAUGGUUUCUAUUUGUUUUAUUAUAUUAUUUAACUUCAAAAAAGAAAAGAAAAAAGGUUUCAAUUGAAGAACCAUAGCUUUUCCCUUUUCAUUCUGCGUGCGCCACAUCCAAAAGUCAGUUGUUAGUCUCUUGGCCUUAUAUGUCUCUCUUAUGUUUUCCUUUUUCCUGCAGUAUUUGGGGCUAUCUCCUACUGUUGUUGUAUUCCAUCCUUGUUGGUGAUGAGCUGCAACUUCAAGGUUAAACCCUCUUCUUUCUCAGACUCAGCUCCUUCCCAUAAUACUGAAGCAGUUCCAAAUCAAAAACAGUAGAUCCCUCCCUUCCACAGGCAUCCAGAAUCAACAGGUUGCAGAGAUGUGCCAUUUCUUCCUCUGGCUGAGAAGGGAGGGGAAAGGCAGUGCCAUUCCUCUUCCAACAUCCAAAGCUACUAUAGCAUUUUGCUUUUUAUUUAUUUUUUAAAAAGUUAUAUCUCCAUGAUCUCUUUCAGCCUUUCAGUCUUUUUAGAGGGAGUAAGCUUUAACUCACAGUGACAUCCUUCCAAACAAAACAACCAAGCUCUUUCUGUCUCUCACCUCCUUACUCCUUUCAAGCCACAUGCAGCUUUACAUCUUCUGCAAUGGCGCCACUGCACUCUCUCUCCCUGGCGCUGCUGUGCCAGCCCUCUCUGUUUCCCUUUCUCUCAGGUGAAAUCCCCAAUGGAGAAUGAAUCACGAGCGACAGUGGGAUUUUAUUUUGGGAAAACAGGUUGCAAACAAACUUUAUUAUAACAGAUGUAAACAAGGAGUUUUGGUUCUUCUUCUUCCACAGAAUUGUAACAAACAGUGAGUUGCUUUCUAUUACAAUGUAUUCUGUUUCAAGUUAUAGGCUGUAUGCUGUUCAAGCUUAUGGUUACUUUCUUUUGCACAUCUUUCAUAGAUCAGACUUCUCCACAAACACUUCAGGGAUUUAGGAUUUCCACUGUACUGUUUCCUUAAAAGAAAGGUAAAGGACCCCUGACAGUUAAGUCCAGUUGCGAAUGACUCUGGUUUGCAGCACUCAUCUCGCUUUAUUGGCCGAGGGAGCCGACGUUUGUCCGCAGACAGUUUUUCCGGGUCAUGUGGCCAGCAUGACUAAGCUGCUUCUGGCGAAACCAGAGCAGUGCACGGAAAUGCCGUUUACCUUCCCCAGAGCGGUACCUAUUUACCUACUUGCACUUUGACAUGCUUUCAAACUGCUAGGUUUCCUUACAAACCCCCAAAUCCUCCUUGGCUUUGGAAUCACUACUGCCCUUUUGUGUCUGAGUACUCCCUCUGAAGACCCUUUUUCCUGUAAACACCAUGUGGGACUGUGUCUUGUCUAUUUUAACAGUGUUCUGCUAUUCAGAAGCUUAGAGCAUAUACUGAGAAUUCUUGGCUCUUCUCAGCUCUACCACUUGUCAGAAGAACGAACUCUCCUGACAGAAUCCAACUCACAGACCCCAUGAAUCUUUCACACAGUCUCUCACUCCACUCAAACUGCCUCCCUUGGAAAUCAGGAGCUGUUGCUAGUUAACUGUUUGCUGUAGUACGACUCAUGCAACAUGUUGGUGACUAAUAUACACACAAUAAUUACCAAAAUGAUUAUGCAUUCUUUAUCAAUCUUCUGAGAAAAAUAUACAAACUUAUGCAAAGCCACAGAGACUUGUGAACUACCCAAACUAAGAUGAACUUAUAAUGUCUGAUUUCUAGCUAACUGUUUGCGGGCGGCGCGGGGGGAACACUCAGUGACUCAACAUGCUCGGCAAACAAACUUUUCCAUCACAUCUUCUUUUAAAUCCCAAUGAUACAUUGUACAUCAAACAAUCUAUACUUCUAUAUCUUAAAAUUCAAUAUUAGGAGAGGGCUGCUGAACCAUAAAUUUAAAAGCUUCCAUAAAAUAUAGCAAAGAGCCACCCUCUGCUCCAUCCACCUCCCACAGACGAUAGAAUAUUCUCCCAAUUUCAAACCUCAGUUCCAUGCAGCUGAUUGUUCACCAUUAUAAAACCCAAUUAUAAUGAGAACCUCCUUGCGAUUUGGUGGGUUUCAGAUCAGGCGAAGUGCAUAGCAACCAAUGCCCCCUGCCUGCCCCACAGCGAGAGAUUGAGGCGCAGGCAGGUCACCAGUAUCUCCCAUACACCAGAAAUUUAUAGGGGGUUUAACUCCUUCCAUCUCCUUUUUUCAGCCUGUGCCUCUAUUCAAUGCUGAGAAAGUCAUUGCCAUGGCACAAUAUAGGAACUGGAAGCCUGAAACAAAAAGUUUUGAAGGUAAUGGCGACUCAGAAGUAUUCUGGAUGAGCAGGGGUUGUGGCCCAGCAAAUCCUCCCCAACUUUGAAAAUAGUUUUCUUGUCUCCGGCCAUUGGAAACCCCUGACAGCCAGCCAUAAGAAGGUGCAGGAUUGCCCAACAAUAUUGAAUCUGAAUUGGGCAAUAAUGCCUUUUCAUGGGGUCAGGGGUGGAGAAACAGACCAUAGUGAAGAAGUCUUCACUCUGGUCCACCUCCAGAGUAUUUAAGCUGAUGGCACUCAAAAGCGUGGUUAGCAGAACAGCAACCCUCCCUCCCACACCAUAAAUAUGGUAUCUUGGUUCAAAAUGGUCAUCGAAUUCUUGGCCAGGAAAUAAUCUGCCUUCAAACAAUUUUGGCCUGUUGUGGGUUUGUUUGCCUUCCUCAUAGCAAUUAUAACAAUGAGCUAAGCCUAGCAGGAUGUAGCUAAGGAUAGCAGGACAGCCUAUUCUACAUUACAAACCACAUCACGUGUUAAUUAGACUUAGGCAUGUUGGUUAUAGAGACUGGUUUUCCCACAGUGCCGUCAUUACAUGUUAUUAGGUGCCAAAUGAAAACAUUCCUCUUCAAUCAGGCUUUUCUCUGAUUAAACAAUCUAUGGCCAUUUGAAUGAAUUGUGCUAUAUAUUUUGUGUUUUAAUGUACCCCACCCUGUGACAUUUGGGUGAAAGGAGGUAUGCAAAUUUAAUAACAAUAAAUUACCUUUGCUUUUCAGAUAUGCAUGACUGUUAUGACUGCAUGGACACAACCUAUCCAAACAUCAAGCAUGAUUUUUGCAUACCCAAAGCUAGAACAUUCUUAUCUUAUAAAGAACCUCUGGGGAUCAGCUUAAGCCUCUUCACACUUUCCUUUGUAUUGAUAACAGCUCUGGUGCUGGGAAUAAUUCUGAAGCACCACAACACUCCCAUCGUCAAAGCCAACAACCGGAACCUCACAUACAUUCUCCUGAUUUCCCUUCUGCUUUGCUUCAUUUCUGCAUUGCUUUUCAUUGGCCAUCCUGAACCGGUGACAUGUCUUCUCCGGCAAACUGCAUUCAGCAUCAUCUUCUCAGUGGCUGUUUCUUCUGUGCUGGCAAAAACUAUCAUGGUGGUUCUGGCAUUUAUGGCCACAAAGCCAGGAAGUAGGAUGAGAAAAUGGGUGGGGAAAAGCCUGGGCAACUCCAUUGUUGCAUCCUGUUCCCUCAUACAAGCAGGCAUUUGCAGUGUGUGGCUGGCAUCCUCUGCCCCAUUUCCAGAUGUGGACAUGCACUCAGUGACUACAGAAAUUAUAUUAGAAUGUAAUGAGGGAUCUGUCAUUUUGUUUUCUUGUGUCUUGGGCUAUCUUGGCUUCUUGGCUAUUGUCAGUUUUGUUGUGGCUUUCUUUGCUCGGAAGUUACCGGACAGUUUCAAUGAAGCCAAGUUCAUCACUUUCAGCAUGUUGGUCUUCUGCAGUGUGUGGCUAUCCUUCAUUCCAGCUUAUGUGAGCUCAAAGGGCAAAUACAUGGUAGCUGUGGAGGUUUUUUCUAUUUUAGCUUCCAGUUCUGGGUUGCUUGUGUGCAUCUUUGCACCCAAAUGUUAUAUCAUUUUGUUGAGGCCUGAGCUGAACAACAGGGGACAGCUAGUAAGAAGAUAAGACUGAAUAUGUGCUUUUUGUUACAGUCUGUGGUCUGGAUGCAUGUGUGCACACAUGCACACACCUUUCUGAUAUGUUUCCUUUUCUGGAGCUAUCCAAUAUACAUUUUGCUCAAAAUUCUCCAAGUACUUACUAGUCUGAAAUACAUGUGAAACUCAGAAUCAACUUUUUUCCCCCAAGGGAAAUGUUACGUAUGUACAGAAGGUAUUUUUAAGUCAGUCACAUUCAAUAAAAAUAUAAAAUGGUGUCUAUACGGAUGCUAAUUUUCUGAAAUUCAACACGUUAUGAAAGAUUUGGGCACUGAAUUCUUACCAAAAUGGCAGUAAAUGUUAUUACUGGUACACAAAUCUGGUAAUAUGUCAGAUUAUACAGAGAAUAAUAACUUUUAAAAGAAAAAAUAGUAGGAACUCAAUAAGGGGCCAUCAAGCCUUCUAGUUUAUUUUUUGUUCUGAUAUUUUUGUUGUGAUAUUUUGGCAUGGAUGUGAGUCUGGAACAACAUGCGCUUACUUACAUCAUUAUCAUCAUCAUAAAAUUUUAUUUGUUCCCCGCCCUCCCCGGGCAAGCCGGGCUCAGAGCAGCUAACCACAAGUAAAAAUAGCACAGUGUACAUAAAAUCACAUGGUCAAUUAAUUAAAACACAUUCUAAAAUCAAUUCAGUAUCAAAUAGCAACCAUUGGGUUAGAGUUCUAUGAGAAUUACAGAACGAGACAUGGGGUCAGACUGUGCCUUAGCCAAAGGACUGGCAGAACAGUUCCGUCUUGCAGGCCCUGCGGAAAGAUGUCAAGUCCCGCAGGGCCCUACAGGCUUAUAGAAGCUUGCUGGAAUUGGCAGUUAUACCUAUUCAGGCUGGCAAUUUGAAGGAUCAUCACUGUGACAACAGAUGACUGAUUGGUGGAUAACCCCACCUGCCCAUCAAAAUGGCCUUUUCAGGAAUCUAAGGGUGGUGUUCAACUAAUUCCUAAUGCACAUGACUAAAUUAGCUUCAUUAACAAACAAACAGAAAGAUUCCUUCCAGCAGCACCUUAGAAACCAACUACAUUAGUUAUUGGUAUGAGCUUUUGUGUGCAUGCACACUUCUUCAGAAUCCCACUCUCAGGAUCCAAUCCACUAGUGGAAAGGGUUUCUCACCCCUGGCUUGCCAGUAGUACAUGUGAAAAGGAUCUAGGGAUCUUAGGUAAAGGUAAAGGGACCCCUGACCGUUAGGCCAGUCUCCAUCCUGUGUACUGUGUUCAGUUCUAGGCACCACUAUUUAAGAAGAAUAUUGACCAGCUGGAAUGAGUGCAGAAGAGGGUGACCAAGGAAUGCUUCACAUGUACUGAAACUGAAAUUAACUCAUGUAGAUAACAACUAGUUCAAUAAUAUUGACUUUAUUGAUCUUUUUUACAAGCCUGUGUUGGUUGUGUAAUUGUAGCCUUCUAUUUUACUACCAUUCCUGUAAUGUUUUUUUAACAAAAGAUGCCAAGUUUUCUUAAUGAAAGAUGCCAUGUUUGAGGAUAGUAUUUUCAGAACUUCUCUCAUGGUUUAUAUUGCCCACCACAACUAUAUUAGGCUUGGGGUUAGGAGUCCUGGAAAUGGGGUUAAAAUAUAAUUCAUACAGCUGGACAGAUUUAUGUGAGUUCAAGGAUUAUCCUGAUUGAUGGCAACCUAUCAAUACUCUUAUAAUCCUUAUACUAAUAAAUAUUAAAGAACAUCUCAGGCAUUUAAAAGCAUAAGUGUGCAUUCCUAGUCAGAAAAGUGGAAAAGAAAACUUCUAUUCAGAUGUGAUAAACAUGUUUUCGUUUGCAAUCCCACAAGGAACUCCCACAUUUGAAUUCAUACUCCCAUUCAUUUAUAUAGGCUAUAAUUAAUUUCUAAAAUCUACUGUACAAUUACCAUUUUCCCUUAAAGAACUAAUCUGAGGAUGGCACAAAGAUGCCCUCUAGCAAUCAUAGGUAUGAUGAGGGACUAGGAACAAGCAUGCACACACCAGUCUUAUAACUUUACUUAUAUUUCAUAUCGUGGACGUUAUGAUUCAGGCAUAUCAUCAGAUUGACUGAGCAUCCAAUCUGGUCAUGAUGAUGACAGAGUACAUCCUGAUAAUGAUGCAGGUGGAAUCAUGAGUUAGAGUGAAGGGUGGUGUUCAGUAUGAUGGUAUUAGUUGUCUUCCUUCUAAUACUGUCUUCUCAUAUUGCAUGUGAAGACCACCUUGUUAAAUGCAGGAUCCAUGCUCCACACCCUCCACUUCAAAAAUACUGUCAGUCAGGCAGCAUCAUAAUUGGUGGGAUUGUUUCUCACAGUUUCAUUGUUGCUAAUUCAAUAGCCUUCACAACCAAACCUCCAGCAACUUCAUUUGAAGAUCUUUCGUAAGGAACUAAUCUUUUCUAACUUUGCAUUUUUGUUGUUGUUAGUUCGUCUUAGUCUUAGGAGCUCAUAAAAAAUAUUUUCUUGUUGAACAGCAGAAAAACUAAUACAUUUAAGGGAAUGCUGAAGAGAGAAAGAAAUUCGAUAGGACAAAGCAAAAUUUGUUGUCAUCCCUGAGAGUGUUCAGAGCCUCCACCAGGAAGGGAAUGAGGUUUUUCCUGAUCCAGUUAGCUGUUUUGCCCCCCUGGAAUAUAGAUAACAUAUUCACUCCACCAUUAUACCAACGUUGGUCCAAAUAUACCUCCUCAACUAUGACUACUAUUGUUACUACUAUUGUUAAAAAUUGAUGAUGUGAGAUUCUGUCAUGUAUUUCCUUUGUCACAUUUUUUUGAAUGUAAGGUAAAAUUCAGAGUAGAAAGAAUUUUAGCUCUUCUUUCCUUUACAAACUCCUGCAUCUCACCCAUCUCCACCUCCUGUUUCCUUUCUUUCAUCAUAUGCAUACUGUCUCCUCUUAUACUUCUGUUGUGCUUUCCCUUCCUUCUGAUUUUUUUGUUACUUGGCUUCAAACAGAGCAGUGUAUUUGUGUUGUUGUUGUUUCCAUUUUAUUUACUUGCAUGAAUCUUUCCAUUUAUGAGAGUUACCAUAACUAUCUUAAUACACGCCUUUUGCACUGUAUUAAAAUGGACUGAAUUUUUCUUUCUUUUUUCCUUGCAGGAGUGUGUUUCCUUGAAAGAAAAUUCAUAUCACAUUCAGUGGCUAUCAUUAUGAAUGUGCAUAGUAUAGGGUUAGAACAUCAAUAGAUGUAUCAAUGUGAGUGUAUUUUCCAUUGUGUCAGUCAUAGUAAUUUUUUGAUUGUUUACUUUUUCCCACUACAAAAGGCAUAUAAAUAAAGACUGAUGAAGCUGAUGCAGAAUAAAAUUGCAACAAUUUAUUAAGAGAACAAUAUGUGUCUGAUUGUAGUUGCAACUCUUAUUCUAGUGUGGUGCCCAAAAAUUACCAGCACAUCCUGGCGUUGGCAUUUGCAGUACUGGAGAUUAAUGAAAACCCUCAGCUAUUACCAAAUGUCACCUUGGGCGUCUGCAUCUAUGACAGCUAUUUCAAUGCUCAGAGGACUUAUCAUACUACUAUACUACUUACCUCCACAUUAGAGGUAUUUGUCCCUAACUACUUAUGUGACACCGAAAAACAUUUGAUAGCAGUCAUUGGAGGACUAGAUUCGGAUAUCUCUCUUCAUGUGGCCACUGUAUUGGAUAUCUACAAAAUUCCGCAGGUAAGGGAUAUGUGUAUAUGAGUGGUAUAAGUGCUAGUGGUAAAAUGAACUAAAGAACUAGAGACCACAGCAGCUAUUUUUCAAAUACUAUGAAAAUGUGCACAUAAUAUUUCCAAGAAGAAGAAAUCCGGCCCAUUUGACAGCCAAUAUUUUUUAUAUUUAUUUAUUUAUUUAUUUUACUGUAUUUCAUUUCAUUAUUUCAUUUCAUUUCUAUCCCAACACUCCUCCAAACGGAGCCGAAGGUGGCAAACAUCAAAAUGUAAAAACAAUAUGUUAAAAUGAAAUAGAAACAUAGUUAAAACAUUUUUAAACCAUCUAGAAACAUGUUCCCCUACCCACCUUGGGGAACAUGUAUAUAUGCAUAUCAUUUUAUACAUUUCCCAUCCAAUAUAUGUAUGUGAUCUCUAAAAGGUCUUGGAGAAUCUGUAUAUCAUGAAAGAGUUUUGUCCUUGGCUAAUCUCCAGGAAACACUAAAUAAUUCACAUCUUCAGCUUCCUCCCAAGUUUGAGCCCCAUGAAUUCUGUCCUUGCCGUCAAAGAAUACUAAGAUCUUGUUUGAUGAAAGGAGAGCUGAGAGAAAAUGCAUUCAAUGGCUCUCCAACAGGUUCAUGGUUUUAGGCUUUGUUGGUGGUUUGAGGCUGUCUACAGGCUGUGUCAUAACUGUCCCAACAGGCUAUAAUACCUGUGAUUACUGUUUUUAGGGACUGUGUCCUCUUUCCAACUGAAACACAAAGGUAGAUGCUGGCCAGGGAGACAAAGAGCUGGGGAGCAAAAAUUAUUGACUUCUCAGGUCAGACAUGGCGAUUGUACACAGGGACCAGGGAACUGGCUCUUAAAGGAACAGUGGUGGUAAGAAAGACCGACUUGAGAACUGGUGAACAUUACUGGGACUUCAGUUAUAGAAGGGCAAAGAAAAUAGGAGCAAAGCCCACAAAGGAAAGGGGAAGUUGAUACUGAAAUGCAUCUAUGUAGGGAGGGUGUUGCAUAAUUUUGUUGUUGUUGUUUAGUCAUUUAGUCGUGUCUGACUCUUUGUGACCCCAUGGACCAGAGCACGCCGGGCCCUCCUGUUUUCCACUGCCUCCUGCAGUUUGGUCAAACUCAUGUUGGUAGCUUCGAGAACACUGUCCAACCAUCUCGUCCUCUGUCGUCCCCUUCUCUUUGUACCCUCAGUCUUUCCCAAAAUCAGGAUCUUAUCCAGGGAGUCUUCUCUUCUCGUGAGGUGGCCAAAGUAGUGGAGCCUCAGCUUCAGGAUCUGUCCUUCCAGUGAGCCCUCUGGGCUGAUUUCCUUAAGAAUGGAUAGGAUUGAUCUUCUUGCAGUCCAUGGGAGUCUCAAAAGUCUCCUCCAGACCAUAAUUCAAAAGCAUCAAUUCUUCGGCGAUCAGCCUUCUUUAUGGUCCACCUCUCACUUCCCUACCUUACUACUGGGAAAAUCAUAGCUUUAACUCUACUGACCUUUGUUGGCAGGGUGCCAAAGAGAAAUCCCUCUCCCAGGUCAUCACUCCCAGCACUCCAGAGUUGGGAGGAAUUAUGAAAACAUAAAAGUGAUAUAUAAUAAUAAUAAUAAUAAUUUUCACUCAUAUCUCCUCUUUCAUCUUCAGCUAACAUUCAGUCCUGCACCAGUGAUGAAUGAUAAAACCCCAGGACUUUCCUUCUACCAGAUGGUCCCCCAAGAAACCCUUCAGUAUGAGGGAAUUCUCUCUCUGCUUCUGCAUUUUGGGUGGACGUGGAUUGGGGUCAUUGUUAUGGAUAAUGAUAAUGGAGAAAGAUUUGUGCAAACUGUGCUUCCAGUCUUUUCCCGGAAAGGCAUUUGUUUUGCCUUCAUAGAGAGAAUCCCCACACUUUCUUUUGUCACUGAAUUUAUGGACAUUAUAGAAGAUGGGGUCAAAAUAAAUGAUAGUAUGCUGGGCAGUAAAGCAAAUGUAGUAGUGAUCUAUGGAGAAUCUUAUUCCAUGUCAUUUUUUAGAUGGCUUCCGGUUUUAUCUGUUGAAAAUAAAUUAGGAGGGAAAGUUUGGAUAGAAACAGCCCAGGUGGAAAUCAGUGCAUUUCACUAUCAAAGGCACUGGGAUGUAGAACUAUUCCAUGGUACUAUUAGCUUUGGAUAUCAGUUCCGUUAUUUACAGAGAUUUCACGAGUUUCUUAAGAAAAGAAAUCCUUUAAAUACAAUAGAAGAUUAUUUUAUAAAGAAAUUCUGGGAGACCGUAUUUAGCUGUGUCUUCUUAAAUACCAUUGGGGACCAUGUGGAUGGAGAUAUUUGCACAGGAGAAGAGAAGUUGGAGAGCCUCCCUCUCCCUUUUUUUGAAAUGAGUAUGACUGGGCACAGCUACAGCAUCUAUAACGCAGUCUAUGUAGUGGCCCAUGCUUUACAAGCCAUGUUCUCAUCCAGAAGGACAUAUGGCACAGUAUUAGUCAGAGGAAGACCUGAACUUCAGAAUCAACAGUUUUGGCAGGUAAUCUUCCACACAUUCUCAUGUGGUAAAGGUAAAGGGACCCCUGACCCUUAGGUCCAGUCAUGACCGACUCUGGGUUUGUAGCGCUCAUCUCGCUUUAUUGGCUGAGGGAACCGGCGUACAGCUUCCGGCUCAUGUGGCCAGCAUGACUAAGCCGCUUCUGGCGAACCAGAGCAGCGCAUGGAAACGCCAUUUACCUUCCCGCCAGAGCAUUACCUAUUUAUCUACUUGCACUUUGACCUGCUUUCGAACUGCUAGGUUGGCAGGAGCAGGGUCCAAGCAACAGGAGCUCACCCUGUCGCGGGGAAUCGAACCACGACCUUCUGAUCGGCAAGUCCUAGGAUCUGUGGUUUAACCCACAGCGCCACCCACGUCCCUUCUUCUCAUGUGGUAGCACACUAUAUUUUGAGGGUAACCGGUGAAACUAAUGUGUCUAUAAACUCUACCCAUGCUCACAUUUUCAGCUUCCUUUCUCUGCCCACUGCAUAGAAAUGAAAGAAUAGUCUAUGCUUUAGUCAGCCUUCCUUUUUUGUGUCUAUUUUGUAUGUGAACCAGCUGAAACUACAGUGUAUAAUGGGUGCUAAUGAUGUUUUUAGUGGUGACCAAUUCCUCAGCCAAAUUUCAUUCCUUGCAAAAAGAGUACCAUUGUUAUUAUGUCGCUGCCUCCAGAAUAUAUACAUCUAUCUCAGUGGGUAGGGUAUUAGACUCUUAAUCUCAGGUUGUUCAUUGCAGGGAACUUGAUUAUAGGGCACUUGUGUUCCCUUCCACUUUACAAUUCUAUGAAGUCAAGAACGGCAUGGUGCAUCUGCAGCAGCACAGCUGGAUGUCUCCAUCUGCCCCAGCUGCAACAAAACAUGACUCUUCCAUAUCAGUCUCUACAGCCACAGCAGGCACUGGAACUUCCCAGCAGUUUGACCUCACUCACAAAGGCACCAUAUAGUCAGAAAAAUGCAGCUCUUCUUUAAAAUAUAUUUCUAAAGUGUCAUUUUUUUAAGUUCAACAUUUUACUCACUACUCUAUUAAUGCAACUAUUUAUUUCUUUAUUAUUUCCUUUUCUUUUUUCUAGCUCCAUCACUUUCUUCAAAGUGUUUCAUUUAAUAACAGUGCUGGGGACAAGAUUUCUUUUGAUGAAAGUGGGAAAAUGAUAGCUGCAAUUGAUGUUAUAAACUUGAUCAUUUCCUCCAACCAAUCCUUUCAUAAAGUAAAAGUUGGUAGGCUUGAUCCUCAGGCUCUUCCAGACAGAGUGUUAACCAUCAAUGACAAGGUCAUAAGGUGGAACAGCUUCUUUAACCAGGUAAGAUCUAACUGUCAGUACAUUGAAAACUAUUUCUGAUUUGCAAUGUCAACUUUUACAUAGGGGACCAUAAACCUCUGCUUUGCCUUAUUUGAUAUUGAAUUUUGAUAAAUUGCAAGAUUUCUUCCAUUGGAGUCUCUCUUUCAGAGUCAAGUAACAAUUAUUUUGGAUCCCAACAUGCAAUACAUUUUGGAAAACUGCUUUGAGGUAUUUUACAAUCCAUUAAUUAUAUAUAUAUAUGCUCUAGCUAUUUAUAAUUUUUCAUAACAUAAUGGCUUCCUUAUUCUCUAAGAAACAAGUCCUCAAAAUCUUAAGGAUCCCAAGCUCAUUUUUUCUUGUUGUUUUUCAUUUCUGGAUUAGGCACAACCUUUAUCCAUAUGCACUGAGAGUUGUUAUCCUGGUUAUAGCAAGAAAGUGAAGGAGGGGGAGCCAUUUUGCUGCUAUGAUUGCAUUCCAUGUCCAGAAAGGAAGAUUUCAACUCAGAAGGGUAAGACAUAUACUUAUGCCCUCUCCUCCAUCCACCUCCAACACAAAUCUCAUUUCCAUGCAGCUGAUUGUUCACACUUAUAAUGUCCAUCUCCUAUGGUGUGCUCUUUUUCUUAAUGCCGAUUAAAACCCAUUAUAAGAAGAAACUCCACAUCCAGGGGCAAUUUAGGGGGGUUUCACAUCAUGUGAAGUGCAUAGCACCAAGUGCCCCCUGCCCGUCCCCCGUGGUGAGCCAUUGAGGCACAGGCAGAUUGCCAGUACCUCCCAUAUCCUGAGAGUUUCAUAGGGGGUGGUUUAACCCCUUCCAUCUCCUUUUUUUCAGCCUGUUCUUCUCUCCAAUGUUGAGAGAGCCAUUGCCAUGGCACGAUACAGGAACCAGAAGCCUGAAACAAAAAGUUUUGAAGGUAAUGGCCACUCAGCAGCAUUCUGGAUGGGCAGGGGUUGUGGCCCAGCCAAUUCCCCCCACCUUUGAAAACCAUUUUCUUGUGUCUGGCCAUUGGAACCCUCUACAGCCAACCAUAAGGGCUUGCAGGAUUGCCCAACAAUAUUGAAUCUGAACUGGGCAAAAAUGCAGCAGACUGUAGUGAAGAAGUCUUCACUCUGGUCCACUUCCGGAGUAUUUAAACCAAUGGUAGCCACCAGCAACCUUCCAUCCCACACCAUAUAUACGGUAUCUUAGUUCUUUGGUUCUUAGACUGUGCUGUGGUGCAAAAUGGCCAUCGUAUUCUUGGCCAGGAAGGAAUUUGCCCUCAAACAAUUUGAGCCUGUUGUGGGGUUUUUUGCCUUCCUCAUAGCAAUUGUCACAACGAGCAAAGCCUAACAAGACCUAGCUAAGGAUAGCAGGACAGCCUAAUAUAUAGUACUAACCCCAUCGUGUGUUACUUAGACUUAAGCAUAUUGGUUAAAGGAGGCUGGUUAUCCCACAGUGCCAUCUUUACAUAUCUUUAGGCCCCAGGGGAAAACAUUCCUCUUCAAUCAGGCUUUUCUCUGAUUAAAGAAUCUAUGGCCCUUUGAAUGAAUUACCAGUAUGUUAUAUAUUUUGUGUUUGUAUGUACCCCACCCUGUGAUCUUUGGGUGAAAGGAGGUAUCCAAAUUUAAUAACAAUAAAUUACCUUUGCUUUUCAGAUAUGCAUGACUGUUAUGACUGCAUGGACACAACCUAUCCAAACAUCAAGCAUGAUUUUUGCAUACCCAAAGCUAGAACAUUCUUAUCUUAUAAAGAACCUCUGGGGAUCAGCUUAAGCCUCUUCGCACUUUCCUUUGUAUUGAUAACAGCUCUGGUGCUGGGAAUAAUUCUGAAGCACCACAACACUCCCAUCGUCAAAGCCAACAACCGGAACCUCACAUACAUUCUCCUGAUUUCCCUUCUGCUUUGCUUCAUUUCUGCAUUGCUUUUCAUUGGCCAUCCUGAACCGGUGACAUGUCUUCUCCGACAAACUGCAUUCAGCAGCAUCUUUUCAGUGGCUGUUUCUUCUGUGCUGGCAAAAACUAUCAUGGUGGUUCUGGCAUUUAUGGCCACAAAGCCAGGAAGCAGGAUGAGAAAAUGGGUGGGGAAAAGCCUGGGCAACUCCAUUGUUGCAUCCUGUUCCCUCAUGCAAGCAGGCAUUUGCAGUGUGUGGCUGGCAACCUCUGCCCCAUUCCCAGAUGUGGACAUGCACUCAGUGACUACAGAAAUUAUAUUAGAAUGUAAUGAGGGAUCUGUCAUUUUGUUUUCUUGUGUCUUGGGCUAUCUUGGCUUCUUGGCUAUUGUCAGUUUCGUUGUGGCUUUCUUUGCUCGGAAGUUACCGGACAGUUUCAAUGAAGCCAAGUUCAUCACUUUCAGCAUGUUGGUCUUUUGCAGUGUCUGGCUUUCCUUUAUUCCAGCUUAUGUGAGCUCGAAGGGCAAAUACAUGGUAGCUGUGGAGGUUUUUUCUAUUUUAGCUUCCAGUGCUGGGUUGCUGGGUUGCAUCUUUGCACCCAAAUGUUAUAUCAUUUUGUUGAGGCCUGAGCUGAACAACAGGGGACAGCUGGUAAGAAGAUAAGAUACAUGCUUUUUGUUACAGUCUGUGGUCUGGAUGCAUGUGUGCACACAUGCACACACCUUUCUGAUAUGUUUCCCUUUCUGGAGCUGUUCGAUAUAUAUUUUGCUCAAAAUUCUCCAAUCACUACUAGUUUGAAAUACAUGUGAAACUCAGAAUCAACUUUUUAAAAAGUAUAUACAGAAGGUAUACAGAAGUGAUACAGACUUACGUAUGUACAGAAAGUAUUUUUAAGUCAGACACAUUCAAGAACUAUACAGCAACACAGAAAUGAGGAUCAGAGUCGGUUUAAAUGAAGAUAUGAUGGUAUGCAUUUUAUUAUAGUCUGUGGUCUGGUAAUAUUUUAAAUUAUACAGAGAUUCAUAAUAUUUUAAAGAAAAUAAUAAGAAUUCAAGAAGAGUGUGACUUGGCUAAAAUGAGCUUGCUUGUAGGAACUUACUGAAGCCUGCUGCUAUUCAUCAAUUCCGGCUAGCAAUGUGAAGAAUCUUCUUCUGCAGGAACAGCUUGAGCUGCACCUACAAAGUGAUUUGUUUUUGUUUGUCACUUGAUGUAACCCCAUCUGCCCAUAAAAACAGCCUAUUGAGGAACCUUAGAGUGGUAUUCUAUCACGUCUGGAUUUGGGUUUAGUUAGUCCUGAAUCCUCCCAUGUCAAAUUGGUACUAUUCUGUAAAGCCGAAUAUGCUUCAGUUAGGGUCAGAAGUGGAAUGGAACAUGCCAAUGAGGCAUUAAUUGUGUAUGAUCUAAUCAGAUGUUGGAGGAAGAUGUACACAAAGUCCUAUGCAGAAAUACAGUAUCUAUAUGUAUGAAAAUGCAGCAGCUAUUAAUUCAGAAUUUUGAAUAUUUACACAGAAAGCUUACUAUCUCUCCAGUGUGCAUAAACUUUGUCAAGUUACAAAGAAAAAGCUCUGUGAGUUUGUUCAUUUGUUUAAAAUGAACUGCUUACAAUUUUUAUAAUUUUAGAAGAAUUGUAUUAAAUUCUCAAGUGUAUCACACCCUACUUAUGUGUAAUGAGUAUGAGUUACUCGUGCGUAAACUGGUGCCUCUCUAGGCUAAUUUGCCUUGUUAAACCUUUCUGACUGCACAGCCCUUUCUAAUUGUGACUGCCUCAGUCGCUGGCAGAAUCCGUCAGUGGGCGUUUCUUGAACCUCUUCCAACAUAAAAGUUGUUUGACACCCAGUCUCCUCCUCCUCUCACUGCGCGGGAGUCUUCUGCGCAGGGAGGGCGUGGGUAGCGGAGGACCUGUCCCCUCCUCACUGAGUUCCAGUGAAGAGUCCUGGAGCCCUCUCUCCGAUUUCCCCAUCUGCCCCCCUUUAUCCCUGGUGUUGCGCUUAAAUGCUUCCCCCUCUACUGAGCUGUUUCUCCCCCUGCUGCUGGGUCCUUCUCCAGCAUCAUUUAGGAGCCUCCCCUUCGCCUCUCGCUCCGAUGUCAGUUCUCUGACAUUAUGGGAUGAAUCCUGCCUAAUUUCAGAAGGAUACCUGCAGUUGACUUUCUAUGAGGCCAUCACUAGCAUGUAUGAGGUCAUUAAAAAGAAAAUACCAUACAUCAUAGAGGUGUCCCUAGGUGGGAAUACUUCCAAAUUACAGAGAAAUAGUAAUUGUCUUUGUGCAUUGCUAUUCAUUGGCCACCCUCAGAGGGUAGCAUAUCUUCUCCGACAAGCUUUUUUGGCACCAUCUUAUCAGUGGCUGUUUCCCAUGUCCUAGCCAAAACCAUCACAGUGGUACUAGCUUUCAUGGCCACCAAAAUAAAUAAAAAAUCCUUCCAGUAGCACUUCAGAGACCAGCUAAGUUUGUUAUUGGUAUGAGCUUUCAUGUGCAUGCACACUUCCACCAAGCCAGGAUCUCAGAUGAGGAAGUGGGUGGGGUGAAAGCUGGCCACGUUCAUUAUUCUUCUCUGUUCCCUUAUCCAAGCAGUUAUUUGUUCAAUAUGGUGGGCAACCACUCCACCAUUCCCUGAUAUUGACAAGGAUUUCAUGGCUGAAGAAAUUGUACUGCAAUUCAAUGAGGGGUCUGUGGCUAUGUUCUGCCAUGCCUUGGACUAUUUGGGCUUUCAGGCCAUUAUCAGUUUCACAGUUACUUCCCUUGCUCAGAAGUUGCCAGAAAGUUUCAAGGAAGCCGAAUUUACCACAUUCAGCUUAUCAGUGUUUGGUAGUAUUUGGUUGUCCUUUGUUCUAAGCUAUAUGAGCUCCAAGGGAAAAUACUGUACCUAGUGGCUGUGCAGAUAUUUUCCAUCUUGUCUUCCAGUGUUGUCAUGCUGGGUUCUGUAUUUUCUCCAGAGUGUUAUGGAAUUCUGUUGAAGCUUGAGCUGAGCAGUAGGCAACAGUUGAUAUGAAGAAAGAUUCAGGUAGGUAGCCGUGUUGGUCUGACGAGGUCAAAAUAAUUUUCAAAAAAUUAAAACAUUUUUAAAAAUAAAAAAUUGUCUAGUAGCACCUUAGAGACCAACUGAGUUUGUUCUAGGUAUGCGCUUUUGUUCCUCUUUUGACAGACAGUAGAGGGAGAAGUAGAAGACUGGGGGGGGGGAGGCAUUGGAAGCUGAAUAGAUAACAGAAUUUAGUGAGUAGGAGUGUCAGAGACGUUCCUCUUUUGACAGAGAGGAUUCAGAAUUGGAGGAAGAAAGGACAGGCAGUGAGGAAUUCCAAGGGGUGGGGGAAGGAGUCACAGCACACAGAUAGGCAAUUUACCAGUUCUGAUAAUGACACAGACAGAGGAGAAGAUACUGCAGAGGGGGAGGGGGUUGAGUCUCCCAGAAGCAGACGCUGGAGUCACUUAAUGGAAAAGCAACUCAUGGGGAAAAGGAAGAGGAAAGGGUGGAGAUCAUGUUUCGGUCCGAAGAGAUUAGUUUUGGCAACUGGUAGUGAGAGUGAUGAGUAAUGUAGCGAAGCUCCGUGUACAAAGCUUGCUAAUUGCUAAUAAAUCUAAGUAAGAAAAUAACCAGAGAGCUUGUCAUGUGUGGAAGAGCCUACAGACCUGACAAGGAGGAGUUUGAGGCAGAAAGCAGUCAGUAGGAUAGGAGGCAGAAAAGAGGCAUAGGUGCCUCCCUCUCCCUGCUGUGAUAACUCCUCUCCACCUUUGUCUCCCAGAACCAAAAGAAGCAUGAAAAGGGUGGAACAAAGACAGGUAUGCAGGCACAAUCUCUGAUUGCUUGAAAAAAAGAGAGAGGAGGGCCUUAGACAGCUGUGGGGAGGCAGGGAACUUCAGUCUCCACUCCUUCACAGAGCCAAGGUCUACCAAAGAAGAGUUGCUGUGUUUAUUAGGCCUGGCACUCCUGUGCAGAACCUGUUUUUUCUAGUAAACAGUUAACUCCAUCUACUUUGUGUAAUUUACUGUUGGUUGGCUUGUUCCAGACAGUGAGACCUAAAAACUGCCUUCUCACUUAUGAGGCCUUUUGAUAGGGUUAGGAUCUCAUUUGGGGCUCACUUUGUAACAUUCACUUGAAGUUUGGGGCUUCCCUAACCACUUUCUAACCACUUUUGGAUGCUUUUUCAUCUCUGUUCAAAGCACCUGCCUUUUGGCUCUUGGCUUACUGACCAUACAUUUUUAGAAAAUGAAAAUGUGCUCAACUGUUGGGGGAGUGAUUUGACAUAGCUUGUGUUUUCUUUCCUUGUACAAGGGCAUGCGAUUUGCUCUUUCUGAAUUUCUGAGACCAUAAAAAAUAAUUAUUUUAUUUUUACCAACUGUUACGGUAAAAUCUGGGUGUGAGACUGCUCUGCCACCCAGCUCGUCGGACUAAGUCUGCGGGUCCCUGCGGAGAAAAUGAGCGCAGCCGGAGACAGGAGCAAGAUGCAGAAGAUCCACGUUUGUUGCGCAACAGGUUCAAGGCAAGAUUGAACCCCGAGGAUGGGGUGACAUGAACUUUUAAAACUUCCCUCCAUGUCCCAGAAUACAGUGCAAAAUCAUCAUCAAUACAUCACGGUUACAUCAUGAAUACAUUAAGAAAGGGUUGGGUUACACAGGAUUAACAUAUGGAGGAGAGAGGGGGGAAUAUGCAGAGCUGGAGAUAUGCACAGAUAAGUACAUCCUGAGUACCGGUGGUGAGAGGACAAUAGUCCAGGUAUGCAUAGUCUGCCACCUGGCACUGCCCAGAGGAAAGGCUUGGCAGAGUGAUUUGAUGGGAUUAGGGUCUUCCUGAGUGUACGUGAUACCUUGCUUGAGGGAUUAUGAAGGACAGUGGAGGUGUCAUGGAGUCCUAGAGAAAUUAGGCAGAUUGGCACCGAAAGCAAGAAAAUUGGUGCUACGGUUGAUUUUCUAUGAAUUUUUAUAGAUUUUAGCCCAUUUUUACAUUGACAAUUGAAUUCGGAAAUAACUGGAUACAUUGUAGCGAGAUUUUGACAGGUUUACGAGUUUCGAUUCCAUUGUUCUCCCUGCGGGGAGCCGUCAGCAGCUUGUCAAAGGUUAAAUGAGGCGUGCAACAGCUCGAGCUGAGCUAGCUCUGCAGGGGCGAAUGCAUUGUUCUGAUUGGGUAGAAUGCUCCCAUUCAUGAGAUACAAAAUACUACUUCACACAGUCUACCAAUGGAAACAAUUGAGCGGGAGGGAGGCAUAAGGCGUUCGGGCUUAUUUCGCCCGUAAUAACAAACUGGCGUAGGGAAGGGAAGAAGGCACUUUUAUUUAUGGGGCUUGGGGUUAAGUGUGGUGCUUGUGCAACGGUGUGGGCGCUGAGGGGUCCAUGUAGGGCCGGGUGCCCUUGAGGUCAUUGCCUCGGACCCUCUGGUGACCGGCGGAAGGGGUGAAGAAAACAUGCCUCCCCUUCUGUAUCAGUAACCAAACAAUAUGAACAAAAAUGAAAUAAAUGAGGGGGAUGUCAGAGAACUGGACUUUCUGACAAGCAGCGAAAGAGCAGGCACAGAGGAAGAGGGGGGAGAAGCAGUUAGCCACAGGAAUUUGACCUUUGUACACACACACACAGAGAGAGAGAGACAGAGAGCAGAAAUUCAGCUGCAAGGCUCAGAUAGUGACACAGACAUAGAAAUAGAGAGUGUGAAAUCAUCCUGAGCGCGUAGACUCACGAGAUCAGCCAAGAAGCACAAAAAUUACAGGAAGAGGAGGUGGGGGUUUUCCUGUUGAGGGAGAAGGGAGCGGAGAUCAGUCCUGGCAACUGUGGCAUCGGAGGAAGACUGAAAUUAGCGGAGUGGCUUUUUGUUGAACCAAUAAAUCCUAAUUAAUUAACUGCCACAGUCAUCUCGUGUGUGUGGGAGAGACCCAAGCCUUACAGGAGAAGUGUUUGCAAAAUGUUUAUAUUAGUCAAAAGUGUAUUUAGAACUUGUUCAUUAAGAUAAAUUUGCACUACAAUGCUGUUGAAUUUUCAUGAGGAUUUUAAAAAAAUUGCUUCAGAAAUGUGCAGAACUGAAUUAAAAACGGUAAAACUAAAAAACAGAGAUUAACCAAAACUGACAAAUCUGUUUAUCCCUAGAGACACACAUAUAUUUUUCCUCCCACAUAUUUAUAUUCUCUAGCUCAUAGAUACCAGUAAAUAAUUUCUAUGACCAAACACUUUUAUUUCCUGUCUGACUCCAGAACAAAGCCUUGAAUUUUUGAUUUCCUUCCCUUGCUGUCCUAAAUUUCCCCCCUUAUUCAACUAAGUAGAAUUAAAAACAUCUGUUCAGAUGUGACAAAUAUGUUUGUCCAAAGGGAAGGUAAUCACCAUUCAAAACUGGAAAUUCUCUAGAGAAAACAUGUUUGUCACAUCUGAAUAGAGGUUUUCAAAAGUGUAAUUAUUUCAUAUGCUUGUCAAAAACCUUUGUUAUGUUACAGUGAUCAGUACUAAAACCAAUCAGACAUUUGUGAAUGAUGGUACAAAUAUACCUUUCAGUUGUCAGAGCUGGAAUUAGGGACUAGAAGAAGCAAGGAUCAACCAAACAAUACUUUUCAUUUGCACUCCACAGUUCUCACACACAUUAGGUGACUAAAUGGCCAAGUACGUCAGGCCAUUUUAGUCAGUUUAUAUGAAAUUAGGGCAUUUCUGUGUAAAUAGAAGGUUUGUAUCAAGAAUGAUUUUAUUAUUAGUCUUGCUGAUGACAGGAUUUCCUCAUGCAAUAUGCAAGCCACAGAUUGUUAAAUGCAGUGCCCACAACUCACACAUUCCACUUCACAGUUAUCAUCAGGAAGGAGACCUCAUCAUUGGUGGCAUUGCCUCUCACAGCUUCAUCAUCUCCAGUCCAAUAUCCUUUCAUGAAGAACCACCACCACCAUCAUAUGAUGAGAUAAAGUAAGGACAUAAAAUAUUUAACAUUAAAAUUACAAUUCUUUUUGAUAAAUGGUUAUUUAGUGUAUAAUAAGAAUGUUAUAAGCAUUAGCAUACAUGUAUAUGACUGUAUGAAAUAAUAGCUUCAAAUGGUUUUGAUCCUUAUCCAUUGCUUAAGUACAUCCUACUUUCAACAAGUACCUAACUUAAGCAAGUGCAGGUUAUUUCAAUUUUUGAAUAUGACCAUCUGAUGUUGUUUAGCUCUCUAAUCAUGCCUAGAAAGCUCCAUGAUGUGGAUUUUGUCAAGAAAUGUUUUUGCAUCAAUAAAGUAAUGCAUGAUACUCAUGGAAGUUGUGUGGUGAUAAUUUUACAAAGUGUGGCCUAUGUUUCUGAUUCAAAAUAUCACUUUCUUUGUAGCGUGGUGCCUAAGCAUUACCAGCACAUUCUGGCCUGGGCAUUUGCUGUAAAGGAGAUAAAUGAAAACCCUCAGAUCUUACCCAAUACCACUUUGGGGCUCCUUAUUUAUGACAGCUAUUUCAAUGCCAAGUGGACGUACCAUGCCACAAUGCUUCUUAUAUCUGCCUUGAGCAAGUUUGUCCCCAACUACAUAUGUGAUACUGAGAAAAAUCUGAUAGCAGCCAUUGGGGGACUGGACUCCCAAACUUCGCUUCAUGUGGCAGUAGUUUUGGAUAUGUAUAAUAUUCCACAGGUGGUAUCUUCUUUCUUUCUUUCUUUCUUUCUUUCUUUCUUUCUUUCUUUCUUUCUUUCUUUCUUUCCCUCUGAGUGAGACAGGAUAGGAUUUUGUUUGGAAAUGGAAAUGUGGGCAUUUCUAGUGAUUAAAUGGACCAUAUAGCUUGUUUAAAUAUGAGAUCUAAGCUAAGGAUACAUUAUUGAUGAUUUAUGAAUAAAAAAAGCUAGACCUGGAUGAAAAGGAAGAAGUGACAGAGAACAAUUGGAGUAAAAUAAAUUACAUUAUUAGGAGCAGCCUACAAGAACCAAGGCAAAAAAAAAGUUAAGAAGUGUAUCUUUCAUGGAGGAAGUUCUGCAGAUGCGAGGCAGGUGCAGCAGUUUGACUUUGUAGUAAUGCCUCAGUAAAUGUUAAAGGCAAGCAUAUUCAUAGGUGAGAAAUAAUUGAUUCAUAUAGGAACAUGUGGUCAUGCUUUGAACAUUCAAAACUGUAUUGUUAAAACAAUGUCAUUCAAAUUCUUUCUCUUCUCUGCCCAAACAUUGUUUAGCUCAUAUAUGGCUCUGCUCCAGUGAUGAAUAGUAAAGUGUCAAGUGCUUCCUUCUACCAGAUGGUCCCUAAGGAAGCUCUCCAGUAUGAGGGAAUUCUCUCUUUGCUUCUACAUUUCAGGUGGAUGUGGAUUGGGGUCAGUGUUAUGGAAACCGACAAUGGAGAACAAUUUGUGCAAAGUGUGGUUCCACUUUUUGCCCAGAGUGGUAUCUGUUUGGCCUACAUAGAAAGAAUUCCCAGACCAACAUUAGUCACAGAAAUUUUGGAAAUGUUUGUCCGGGGGGCAAAAAUACGCGACAGAAUCAUGGAAAGCAAUGCCAAUGUAAUAGUGAUCCAUGGUGAAUCUUAUUCUUUGACAAUUUAUAGAUGGUUUGACUAUCUAUCAGAAUUAGAACAUGUGGCAAAUAAACCCAAAGUAUGGAUAGCAACAGCCCAGGUGGAGCUCACUUCAUUUGUCUAUCAGAAGACAUGGGAUACAGAACUAAUCCAUGGUUCUCUGUUAUUUACAAUUCACUCCAAUGACCUCCCAGCAUUUUCUGAGGCUGUUAAGGACAGAAACCCUUCCAGCGUAACAGGAGAUGGAUUUAUCAAGGACUUUUGGCAACAGGCUUUUGUUUGUGAAUUCCCUACAGGUGGGGGCAAGGUGGAGGGAGAUAUUUGCACUGGGAAGGAGAAGCUGGAGAGCCUUCCUGGACCUUUUUUUGAAAUGAGAUUGACUAGCCACAGCUAUAGCAUCUACAAUGCUGUCUAUGCUGUGGCCCAUGCUUUGCAUGCUAUGUCUAUAUCCAGAGUCAGAUAUAGAGGAGGAAUGAAGCUUCAGACUCAACAGUGCUGGCAGGUAAGAGACUGAACAUCACCUUGUGACUCACUCUUUGUGCUCACACUUUCACCUUCAUUCCUCUUGACAUUGAUUGGAAAUGAUACCACAUAAUGUGUUUUCUCUAAUUGCCACCUCCAACUUGUAAACCCAAGUUUACUAUCAUAAUGUAAAACUGAAUGGAUCGGGAUCAAUUUAUGAGUAAUUGUGGCAUCAACUUCCAGGCUAAUUUUUUUUUUUUAAUAGUUUGACUGUAUAAAACCAAAACACACUUUUUGAAACAAUAUCUUUGACAUAAUCUAACAUAUUUGAUUAGAUUUUAUAAUUAGCAAAUCAACAACAAAUAAAAAAAAUAAAACCACUAUUUCACGAGUCCACAACAAUAAAGAAUCUUAAUAUUAUUCUUUUCCUCUUUUAAGCAAACUCUUGAAUAUUUUUGUGAGGAAUAAUAUUCCAUUCGAUAGCAUUAUGAAUUCUAACAUGGCCACAUCAUUUUAAAAACAGAUAAAUUGGUCAAGGAAAUGGCCAUGAAACAGCUGCAAGCUUUCUUCAGUGUUCUGAAUGUGAGACCCACCAGUGUUUGGGGAAGGCGACAUUUGGGCCCCCAAGCACUGUUGAUCCAGUUGGCGGGAUCUGCUAUUGGAGGUUGAGCAGGAAAGGGGAUUUUUGCAGGGAGGGGGAUUUCCUUACCUUCUGCAGUGCCUCACCCCCAAAACAAUCUGAAAUAUGUUCUGGAGAACUGGAUAAGCAUCUAGAAUUGAUUUUGUACCCAUGUGCUGGGGAUUAGAGAGGGGGAGAGAAAUGUCCAUAAUUGCCUUUGCUGCUUUGGCUCAAAAAAAUUGAAUCUAGCCUGCAAGGAACAUGGUGCAGCUGCUGCUGCCACCUUGGCAGCAAUAGCAGGUGUUGCAUUCCUUGGAGCAGAGCUUUCCAAACUGUGUGUUGCAACACAUUAAUGUGUUGGCUGCAGCAUGUAGGUGUGCCAUAUGAACGUUCCUUGUGCUCCUCCCUGAUCAGGAGUGUGCAGAUCAAGAGAUAUGUUGGGUCCCCAUACAUUUCACUUUUACAAUUCAUGUAUGUGUCCCUAUCUCUUAUAAGGGGUUAGUUAAACCUCCGGUUUGCUAGUAAAACUGAAUUACUGUGUUGCGAAAUGAUACAUGUCUAAAAAGUGUGUCACCAGCAUUAAAGUUUGGAAAGCUCUGCCUUGGAGGCUAAAUCUGUUGCUGCUGUGGAUCCUGAUGCCUGAGGCAAUCUCCUCGCCUAACCUCAUGGGUGUGCUGGCCUUGCCUCUUAGCAGCUGUGCUCUCCUUAUGUUGUCUCUUAGGUCAAUCAUAUCUGAAUAGGGGUAGAGUUGAUUCUUCUGUUCUUCAAAAAUGAUUCAAUCUCUGGACUCUUCCGCUCAAAAUAUUCAUCAACUGUGGCUUUUCCUCUAUCACCUUACUAACUUUUUACACCAUAUACAGUAUGGGGAACCUGUUACACUCCAGACACAAUUGAAGUCCCGCUUUCUUCACUGUCUGCCAGUAUGGGCAAUGGUUAAGGAUAAUGGAGUAUAAUAUCUGAAAGGCUGCAAUUUCCCUCAUCUCUAGUAUAUACUUUCAGUCAGUGCUUUUUUUAAAAAAAAAAUGUUUAGGGGUACUCUCAUUUUCUUACUCAUAUUGAAAUACUGCCCCUCAAUGAGGCCAAACUUAGAUUCACAAAACAUUUAGGGGUAUGUGUCCCCCUGCAUUUCCCCAGAAAAAAGCACUGCUUUCAGUGCCGAGCUCAACACAGAGGUGGAGCUCAACACAGAGAUUUGUUCCAUAAACUUGCUGGAGUCGGCUGAGUCUGGAGCCAAAUCAGGCCUAUUCAGAGGGGUCUGUGCAUCUGACAUCCCUGCAGGAAAGCCACUUGUGAAGCAGCAGCCCCUGGGAUCAAUGCCUCAAUGCAACAGCAAUGAGAUUUAUCAUGCAUGAUGGAGGAUGCUCUUUUACAAGAGGCUUCCCUGCAGAAAAGUCACUUUGGAAGAAGCACCCCACAGAAUUGAUCCCACUCUGCUCACAGAGUGAGGGUAGCAGAUGCAACAUGUGCUUCUUUCUGCUCAUCUUCCAGCCAUACUGGUAUGAUGGUGAUGAUGAAAGCAUGGGCCAAACUGACUGAGUCCUCUGGAUUGAGCUAAUGGCAAAUAUGGGACAUGGGCUGUGUCCACCCAUAGUAUAUACAUCAUUGUAAUUUUGCUGAUUCAUGUAGUGCAUCCUCCUGCAAACUCUGGGUCGAAAAUAGUGAGCACUUAUCUACCACUCUUCAGUUUCCAAGAUCAAAUUACAACCUUUUCUAAACUUUUUUCUUGUCCUUUUCAAUCUAGCUCCAUCUCUUUCUACGUGGUGUCACAUUUAACAACAGUGCUGGAGACAAGAUUUUUUUUGACAAGAAUGGGGAGUUAACAGCUGGGUUCGAUGUUAUCAACUGGGUCAAGUCCUCCAACCAUUCUUAUCAUAGAGUAAGAGUUGGAAUGAUGGAUCCCCUGGCUCCCCAGGGUCAAAGGUUUACCAUCAACGAGAAGGUCAUAACCUGGCCCAGAUCAUUUAACCAGGUAGGCACUGGCUGUUUGGAUGGUCUACCACUAUCUUAUUAAGGGCUCUUACCUGGUAUGCAAAGCUGAUUUCAUCUGACAGUGGUCGACCCUUGAAAAAUACUGAAUUUCAUCUGUAAAAACAGUUAUUAAGGCAAAACAACAACAACCCCAAAGACUUCUGUACUGUUUAUGUAUUGAUCAAUAUAUUCAUUAGCAAGAGAAUGGAGGAGGAUUACCUGCAUAGGCACCUCUUUUCCCUUCUUCUUGUAAUUUGUGGAACUGCAGUCAUUGGAUGUUAUUCAACUCAGUCAUACUCGAAGCCAAUUCAUUGAUAUCAAUGGUCUGGUUAAUCUGGAUUAUGUUCAGUGAUUUCAGUGGAUCUGCUCUUACUAGGAAGUGGAAAAGCAAUAUCUAUAAAUGAAAACACAGCCCUAAGUGAGGUCUUCUUUGGCGGGGUGGGAUAGAUGAACUAUUUAAAACUGUCUUUUUCAUCUUUGACAGAAGUCUUUGUUAUUUGCAGGCAUAUCAUUCCACUCUGAGGGGAUGGACCAUGCUUAAUUUCAGAAGCAUAUCUACAGUUUAUUUUCCCCUAAAGGGGCAUCCUUUACCGUUUGAGAGAACGGAGCUUGAUUGAUUGGUUUUCCUUUCUGAUAUCCCUAAACUUAUAUAAUUAGGAUUCAAAUGCAUAGUGCACAGCAGCUGCAGUGUGCUACGCAUUUCCUGGAGGUCAAAUCUGCUGCCCCUUUGGAUCCUGCCAUCUGAAGCAGUGACCUUGUUUUGCCUCAUGUAUGGGCUGACACUGCCCUUUUCCAAAGCACAGUGAUUGAAAAAGCCAUGAUAAAUGCAUUACCACUCAUUAGGAAUUAGACCUGUCAGUCACAAAGAGUCUCCCCAUCCUGAACCUGUCAGGUGUUCUUCAGAGUCCCCCCUCACCGCAAUUGCUCGUUUUUUGGGAGAAGGGGGGUAGAAAUUGUAGCAAGUUUGAGAAGAAAUGUUUCAGUUUUUGCAGACACAAGGUCUAUGCAGAAUCAUUUUAGAGGCCUCUGCUUCACUUUGGGGUGCUUUCAAGAGAUCCUACUUCAGUUCACAAACCCUUUAUCUGUCCAAGGGGUUCCCUCAGUUCAGCAUCGAGGUUACAUGCAAAGUCAGGGCACAGCACUAUUAACAACAUUCCCAACAUGUCCAAUAUUAGCAUGGUUGUAGAACACAUUGAGUAACAGCCCCAAACUUCUUCACAAACAGUGUAAAGGCCCAGUACUUUCAAGUGUCUAAGAUCAUUAUUCUCAAAAUAGUCAUUGUCCUCUUUCAUUUAUGGUUUAGGUUCAGCCUCGCUCUGUAUGUAGUGAGAGCUGCUAUCCUGGUUUUAGCAAGAAAGUGAAGGAAGGGGAACCGUUCUGCUGCUAUGAAUGCAUCCCCUGUCCUGAAGGGAAGAUUUCAGAUAAGAAAGGUAAGAAAUAUACUCCAACAUUCAAUGAGUGCAUCAGCUGUAAAACAUAUAAAGCAGUGGUGAGGAAUCUUUCUAGCCAUGUGGACCAGUAUUUAAUCUCCUUCCACACUAGGGGGAGUUCUUAUUAAGAUCAUAGCAGGGUAUUAAAGGGAUAAUACAGUCAAACCUCAGUUCCCAGACGCCUCCGUUAUCAUACGUUUCAACUUGCAAAUGCUGAAAAGUCCCCCCCCCUUUUUUCUCCAUUGACUUUCGACCGCCCUUGGAUCCUCGGAUGUCAAAUAUUUCAGAAGUCGAAGGGUCUUCCAGAACAGAUUAUGUUUGACAACCGAGGUUUGACUGUACUCACCUUGCACAUUAUGAUCCUGAUCAUUCACAUGAAUGAAAGAAAUCUUGCAAUUUCAAAUGACAUGCGCAGCAUCACAUCUAGCUGAGGUCUUGGCUGUGGGAGGGUGUGAAUUCUUCUUUGAAGCAAGUAACCUUCAGGCCAUUCUCCCCAAAUGACAUUAACCUGCUCAAUACCUGAUACAACAGGUGAUGUCAGAUAAGGGGCAGAAUAAAUUGUGUUGCCAGUGUACAAUUGGGAACCUUAAAGUGGGGCUCACUGUUGCCAAAAAGCAGCUGGUUGGUGGUGAGAGCAAACUAUCUGGGAUCAGCUGUGCUAUGGAAUGCCACAUGGUGAACUCUGUAGCACAGCUGGUCCAAGCAAAAAGAGAAAGCUUAUGUCAGGUCCUAUCAGCUGGUCGGCACUGACUUCAAGCUCUAUGAGUCUGGCUGCAGUAUAGGGGCUUGCAUAAAGCUGGACAGGGCUCUUUGAAAGCUUCUUCUUGUAAACAGCCCAAGCAAAGAGCCCUUUUCAUUUUUCAAAGUUAAGAUUAGCCUGCAAAAAAAGUUGACAAUUUUGGGUAUGAAAAUUAAUCACUAUCUCUUCAUCAUAGUUAUUUGAUUGAAUCAAAAUAUAUUUAGGGAGUGGUGUUAACAUAACUGUCCUGAACAAACCUAGACUGAUGAAGACAAGUUAAUGACAUUUUAGUUCUUUAUUAGGAAAGCACUCAGCUCCUAAGGUGCAAAGGAUUUACACACUACUUCCUGCUAACUAGCUGUCUAGGCAAUCUACCUCUGCAUACCUGUGCUCUGUCUCAGACAGUUAAUACAACUGUGUGACCGCAUCCCCUAUGCUGCCUUCUUCUUCUUCAUUAAAUUUCUAUACUGCCCUUCAUUCCAGGAUCACAGCACAGUUUACAAUAUAAAAACACAAUAAUACAUUCCAUAGUAACAAAUGAAAACAAAACCCCAGAGUUUAAAAGGUCGUAUAUUGUUCAAUUAGCAAACGCAUGGGAGAGGAGGAAUGUUUUUGCCUGGUGCUUAAAGAUAUGUAACAAAGGUGGCAGGUGAGCCUUCCUAGGGAGAGCAUUUGACAAGCAGGGAACUGGCCUCCAGACCUAUCACGGAGAAGGGCAGAGGGAAUGCUGAACACAUGACUUCACGAUUUCCUACAGCCCUUCCUGAAGAUCUUCCUCUGCCUCCUUUUUUCCUGAGUCUGCCUGCCUGGUCUCUUCCUUAUGACUCCCCUCUUCCUCCACCCCGGCAGCUGCCUUACAGGUGGAAGAGGACCCGACAAAACACUGUCUCCUUCCUCGGAUGAUCCUCUUCCUCACCAGCCUCCUCUGCCCCCUCAGACUCCUGUUUGUCGCUGA